CUUCUGUUGCUGGCAGCAAUUGAAGGAGACAAUUUUUCGGCUUGCCAGAUUUAAUGGGCUUCUUUCAGUCAUAGCGGGAAAAACUGUCAUACCCAUGGACAAUGAUCUUCACAAAAUAUCCAAAACAGCAACGCUUCAGAGCCAGCCGCGAGGCGGAAUGCGAGAGUUUCGAUUCGGCUUUUCCAAUCCCCAGGCCAGGUCUUGGGAGGACAAGCGGGGAGGAAAGAAACUUGCUGGCCGGGCGGCGGCUCCUAUCCCACUUCCUCCUCCGCAGCUUCUGGUAGGCUUGCAGGAAAGCCGCGAGGACGAGGCCGUCCUGUAAUCAGAGCCGCGCAGCUGGGGGGCCUCCUAGCUUCUCGGAAGGCUCGAGAGACGCCCCCGAGGCAGCGCGGAAGGCAGGGCUCGCCAGCCGCGGGACAAAGACGCUUCCUGCCUUGCCGCCAUAAUGCCAGAUCAGACUUAUUGUGAUCGUUUGCAACAGGACACGGCUUUUCUGACCAGCAAUGGCAGACUGAGUGAACAGCUGGUUGAUAAAAUCAUUCUUCAGCUAAAUCGAGUUUAUCCCCAAAUUCUCACCAUUAAAGAAGCUGAAAAGUUUCGGAAUCCCAAAGCUCCUCUUCAUAGUCGGCUAUCAAACCUUAUAGCUCACUUGAAAAAGAAAGGGGACAAACCCUGUCAAGAAUUUUACCGAGCUUUACAGAUCAAUGCUGAACAUCUCUAUAACAACUUGCCAAGCAGGAAAGUUCUAAAAACCUCAGAUUCCACAGGGAUAAACCCUGAGAAGGAGAAAUAUAUUCUAAAUGACAGGGGUCCUACGUUCUUUUUUGCCUGCUUCAGUAUUGCUGCAGGGUUAGCAUUCUUCAUGUAUUGCUGCAAUCCAGAGUCCAGAAUUCUGGAAAAAGCCAAGAAGGUGCUGGGAUUUUCCCCAAUUAUCAUAGGAAGACAUGUUAGCAACAUCUGUAUGUUGUACAUGGAAGAUUCAUCCGGAAGACAGUAAGAAUAAACAGGGCAGCAUCAGAUUUCCCUGCCAAUAGCAUGGAUACUUUGCAAGCAUGGAUACUUUGGAAGCAAUUACCUUUUCUUAUACCAAAGAAAUAACUCAGUUGCUUUAGCAGUCUUUGCUGCUUCAAAGGGCUUUCAGAAGAUCACUUGUAUUUGCCUUUUACUUGUGGAGCAGGGUUUUUUUUGUACAAAGCUUAUUUUUAAAAAUUAUUUAUCACCUUGAAAAAAUAUAUUUUAAUGCAAGUAAGCAUUUUAACAUGCUCUAAUUCAUUGCAAAGUUUUGAGAGUCAAGUCAUGUAUAUAUAUAUUGCAUUCUGCCAUUUUCUGUUUCAAGAUGAGCUGAAACUUCCUUCUUAGGCUAGUACUGAAUGAUGGAGCCUUGGUGUGUCUCAUUAUUAAGAGGAUAAUGAAAGUUGUUCUCAGUGUUCUGCUUCAUUGAGAACAAAUGAAAGUUUUCCACCUAUUAUAAGUGUCAACCUUGAGUGUUGAUGAUAGAACCCAUCAAGUUUUGUAUAUCAGCUAAUCCAUUAUCAAUUGUUGGGGUUUCUCUCUGUAAAUAGCAAAAGUAAUUGUAUUAGACAAGAAAUAAUGUUUGAAAUAAUGUAUAAGCAAUUAUAAGCAAAUGCUAGGUGCAAAUGAACCAAAAGCCUUAAUGAAAGAUGGAGUGUAUAGUUUUAUUUUUAAAUGUUAAAAGAAUGCUGCCUUCUUUGUUUUUAAUAGACUCCAGGAGUUCACUGAUAUGAAUAACGUAGGCAAAAAUAAGCAUUUGCUUCUUAGUUCAACUCUAUAAGAUUUCGUGUUAUGUUCCAGACAGAAACUUAAGUUUGUGGCCAAGAAUUUAGCCUUUAUAAUGUCAUGCACUUUUGAGGACCAUAAACUGCCUCACACAUUUGAAGAGUUCUGUUCCAUGAAAAUUUUCAUUUCUUAGAAGCUCAUUUUACACGCACAUUCUGCAUAGCAAUUUCAUGGAGCAUCUAGACUGUGUCAUCAUCCUUUAGCCCUUCUGCCUUAUCUUUUUUCACCUCUCUUAACAAGGGUCGUCUGUGUAGCUGGAAAGAGUUUAGCACACAAAGCUUCAAAGGUGUGGUAUAAUAGAGGAGACUACAUGUCUUUAAAAGCAGGGAGUGCAACACUUAGUGAUAAUGAGCUUUGCUCUUCCUCUCCUUAUUUCCAUGAAUUUAUCAGCUGUGAGAAUGCACCUUGGAUUUGUAUGUACAUCUUUUUUUCCCUUAUAUUGGAAUUCAGAAUAUCAAUACAUUAUACACUUAAAAUUAAUGCCACAGUUCCACAUUUGCCUAAUUUCCACCUUUGAUACUCUGAAUAGAUAGGAUCUUAUCUUAGGUGUAUAUACUGUAGAAGUGGCCAUCCUUCAACUUUGUAAGGCAUAUUUUCCAAAGCAUUGUUUAAGUUAAUCUUCUGUGGUUUUCAAUGAAAUUAUGUUGUUUAAAGCAUGACAACUCUUUGGGAGGGGGUUGGUGGAAGGUGCUGACUUACUUUAAGUAUUUUAAAAUUCCCCAAAUCCACUUUUUUUUAAAGAAGGAAAAGGUGCUACACAAUUGUAUAAAACACUUAAAGUGCCUGAUCAUAAUUGCUACUUUCUCUGGAGAAGUGAAGAAGGGCAAAAAAGAGGGUUGGAAUGAACAGGAGUAGCAGAUAGCAGUUGGAAUAUAUUCCACUCUAGUCCGCCACAUUGAAGGAAAGUGUUUUUACAGUGAACUUCUUUCCAGUAACCAUUCACUGGAAAUGAAUUGAGCAGGAACUGCGUUGCAGUUUUUCAAGCAACAUCAGCAACAUUGAAAAGCAAUAGUAUGCAAAAUAUUCAC